AUGUUGAAGUUCCUCCCUUCGCUGCUUCAAAUCGCUCCUGACAAGCAUAUAGUUAGAACUUUACUCCAAUUUUGGGACCCUGACCGAGCAGUUUUCAAAUUUAAAGAUUUUGAGCUCACACCUACAUUGGAAGAGAUAAGCUACUUCACGAAUUUAAAAUGCCAAGGGAAGGUUCAGAUUACCCCGCACAGUCAAUCAGGAAAGAAAUUUCUCCGCUAUUUUGGAGUGAAAAACACAAAGGAACGUCGGUGCUUCGAAAACAAUUGGGUAUCGCUGGACUAUUUAUAUGAGAGGUAUGGGCGUCAAGAUGGGUACAAGUUGUUCAGAAAAGAAUUUUUAUGCACUCCGGCACAUUGGCAAGUUAGACGACCUAUCGUAUUCGCGGUAGCCUUACUUGGGAUUUUGGUAUUCCCACGUGAAUAUGGAAAGAUCAGUACCUGCAUUUGUUCUGUGGCUCGAGCGCUUUUUGAAAAGGUGGAUGGUGCACAACUCACUUUGGUCCCAAUGAUUUUAGCAGAAAUAUUUCGGGCCUUAGGGAAAUGUAGACGAGGGAAAUCGAGUUUCUUUGAGGGUUGCAAUAUUCUCCUUCAGAUGUGGGCAAUGGAACACUUUUAUCAGCGUCCGAAUAUGGCAGACAUAUGCUUAGGUGAGUCAAAUAUGAUUACUAGUUUUUACGAAAGGAUGAAGGCGUUCGUAUCCCCAGUUGGCACUCGCGAUUGGUAUGGGUUCUUAGCUUCCCGCACUGGCAAUCAAAUUCAAUGGAAAUACCCCUUGUUACCCCGUACCACGGCUUACAUAAGAGGAAAGGAAAAUUAUUACAUUAAGCUUAUUGGACUGAAGGGCCUCCAGCCAUACGCCCCGGUGCGCGUACUUCGACAGUUUGGUAUAGAUCAAGUAAUUCCCCUCCAAGCUAACAUGAGCGGCUCCGAAAUAUUCUUUGGGCAUGACUUUAGAAUUCCUAAAGUUGGCUUAAUCCUCGACGAAUGGGUUAACAUCAAUCCCACAGACAUUGGGGUUGGACCAGCAGAAAGUAGUCCAGAAUAUCGUGCAUGGCUGCACGAAGAUUAUGGUAGCAUAGAGCCUAGCCCAGCAAGCGAAUCGGGUUUUGAAGACAGAGUAAAAACGAUCUGGAUAAAACACGCUCGCUUGGGAACCAUGGUUGUCACUCCCGAGAUGUGGGAUCAAAUGACGAACAUCAUGCAAUAUUUUGGGAAUACCGGAGCACAGUCCAACGUUGAUGGAGCAACAUCUUCAGCUCAGCAGCCAGCAUGA